GCGCUGCGAACAAACGAUUCAACAUUGCGGCGUAUGAGCUCAAACGCGGAACAAAAGACAUCCUCAUAAAACAGGGAAUGGUGGGAGAAGCGUUGUGAAAUGUAUAGAAGUUAUUGUGAACGCAUUAACAAAGGCGAAUAAUUAUUUGGGCCAUUGAUUUAAAGGGUUGUGUCUUGCCAAAUCUGCGGGUUGCUCCCCAUCAAAGCCAACUACAGGGGAGGGACAUAGCAGAUUUCUCGACAUCACCGCUCUGAUUGAAGGGGAGGGGGUCCGUAGACCGAAAUUGAUGGUAGUGGGCUACUGAGAAAGACGAGCUACUCCUGUUGAUAAUAAAGGCAAAAUACACCUUUCAGUCGAAUACAGCUGAGUGAAACGCUGGUGAAACGGGCCGGUGGUGAAACAUGGAGAUGUCUGAGGGGCUGUCACAGCAGGAGAGAAUCCAGGCUAUAGCGGAGAAGAGGAAGAGGCAGAUAGAGGUCGAGAACAAAAAGAGGCAGCUGGAAGAUGACAGGAGACAGCUUUCACAUCUCAAGCAAAAGUCCCUGAGGGAAAAAUGGUUGCUAGACGGAGCUGCUGGGUCGGAGCAGGACGAGGCCAAGAAACAGUUGGCGGAGGACGAGACCAAGCUCAAGGGGAUGGAGGAGAGCAUCAUUAGACUGGAGCAGGAACUGGAGGAGCUGGAGACGGGCGUGUCGGUGACCUCCACCAAAGAGAGUCUGACAGAUGCAGCCAAGGUGGAAGAAGCCAAGAAUGCCGACAACAAAGCUCCUGCAGGCACUGUUCAAGAGGUCAAGGAAGUGCUCAAAGUGCACAACAGCCCUCGUCUGGACAUGUCCGGAGGUGCAUCAGAUAUAAUGAGAACAGCGAUGUACUCAGUAGAGAUCACCGUUGAGAGGGACAAUGUCACGGGCGAGACUAAGGUGUUGUCCACCAACACUCUACUGCCCAUUAACCUCUCUGGGCAAGGGGUCAAGGUGUAUGAGGAUUACCAGAAAGUGGUACACGAGGUGAAUGGGGAGAACGGGGUCCACCAGCUCAGCGCCAACGAGGUGGACGAGCUCAUCCUCAAAGCUGAUGAGUCCAUGAUGAGCGACGCCACCAAUGCUGAGUUGGCUGCCGAGCAGCAGACGACACCCAAGAAGGAGAUCACAGGCAUGGAGGCCAAGGCAGGUGGCGCUAGUCCCCAGCCAGGUGGAGGCGAGAUGGAGGCCAGCGCCGAGAACCCCGUCACUAUGGUGUUCAUGGGCUACCAGAGUGUGGAGGACGAGACAGAGACCAACAAGGUGCUGGGCCUGGAGGGUACCAUCAAGGCCCAGCUGGUGGUCAUCGAGGACGGCGAGGGCAAGAAUGUGACGGUUGGGCCCACUCCAGCCACCGUGACCGUCACCGAGGGAGGCGCCAAGGAAGAGCAGUCUCCCCCACCCAACGGCAGCGCCGCUGACCCCGCCAAGACCCCCCCAGGAGACAUCCUCCGCAAAGGAGAAGGGGGGUGAGCCAGAGGGGGGUACCACUGAGUUAAACAACAAGGAGAAGCAGCCUUGCAAGUGCUGCACCAUCAUGUGAGCAACUGUUUGUUGUGUGGCUGAAUUCCCCCCGGAACUUGACUUUUCAAGGAGAAAUGACAAACCAACAACAACCAUAACGUCAUGACAACCAACAAACCCCUCCCCCACCCUGAAAAAAAAGGAAUACAUGUUCUUUAUCUUCUGUUGUUUCCCGACUUCGUUUGAAGUAUUUCAUCAUCAUCUCAUCGUCUCCUUUCCUUCUUUUUAUUAUUUCACGUUGUGUUGUGCGAAAGAAGAGCAAUCCCUACUUCCUCACACUUUGAGAUUUCUGAGGGAGAGAGGAGAUAGAAAAGGAAGGAUAGAAAGAGAGGGAGGAAGGGGUUUGUUUACUCACCCAGCAUUGUCCAACAAGCAUUUUUUUUAAAUGGCAUCUCUUAUACACCACCAUGAAUUGGGUAAUCUUAACUUUCUGUAUGAUGGACAGAUAUAUCUCUCUAUGUAUCUCUAUAUAUACAUUGUUUAUUUUAAAGAUAUAUUUAUUUGACUUUAUUUUUUGAAAAUGCCCUUUGGAAAGUGUUUUUGACAGAAGCAUGGUAUUCAUUGUUUUUUUCUGUCCUGUGCUAUAGCAUUUUAGAUAAAAACGGGGACAUGAUGGAACACUUGGAAUAUUUAUGUUAGAACAUUUUAUUGGAUUUUGAUUUCCAGAAAAAAAAAAGUUACUUUGGAAUGUCUGAGACAGACACAACACUGAUAUAUGGGAUGUCUGUGACAAACACAACACUGAUAUAUGGGAUGUAUGAGACAGAAACAACACUGAUAUUUAGAAGUGACAUGCAAUGAGACGUCAGUGAUAUUGAUGACAUCGAAGUACUGUGUGCGUGUGUGUAUGAGCAUGCAUGAGUGUGUGCUGGUUUAAAAUGACCUCAUUGGUCCUUAUAUCAUCCUACACUACACUACCCACAAUCCCCAUCACCUAUUUUCUUUCUGGAAGAAAAAACAAUCCAUGCAAUUUUUUUGUGAUUUCCCUGCAACCAAAUCAGCUACACUAGUUCGACAACACUAGUAUUGAAUUGAAUAACAUGUGUGAAGGUCAAUUCAUACCGAAGCUUGAGACUGAUGAAAUUAAUGCCCAUCUGUAAGGCUUGAUGUUUGUGUGAUUCGCCCCCACUUAACUACAUUAUCCAGAAUACCACUGCCCCUUUAAUAUAAAUAAUGUUGCUUACAGCUGCCUUUGUGAUAACACUAACUAUUUUUCAUUAACUCAUUGACAUAAUCCUGGCACCUGAUGUUAUGACCUAGCAACUAACAGCUGGGUUUUGAAAUAAUGGUCGGUGUGGACAGGCCCUUCCAAUGUCCCGAAGAUUUUCAGCUGGAUAUUAACUACUGUGGAAUUGGUGCAUGGAGCAUAAUCUGUUGUUUUAAAUGGCAGCGCAUAUCCUACCAAACUGUGUUGCAAAUACUGCAAGAAUUUGCUCCAUUCAGACAUUACGGAAGAGUGACAUUUGAAUGGGGGUCGGGGGUCAUAUAUUUCCCUCAGAGUCUGUGUGGGAGGAGAUUCAUUAUAAGAGUAUUUGGUUUUCCUGUUUGAACUCUACUGUCAGGCCUUGGUUUUGUCAUUUGUCAACGAAACCAAAGAAAACCGUUCAAAUAGGCCUAUUUUUCAUUGUGUAUCUAUCACAGGAGGUUGGUGGCACCUUAGUUGGAGAGGACGGGCUUGUGGUAAUGCCUGGAGCGGAAUCAGUGGAAUGGUAUCAAAUACACCACACACGUGGUUUCCAUGUGUUUGAUACCAUUCCAUUUGCUCGGUCCCAGACAUUAUUAUGAGCUGUCCUCCACUCUGCAACCUCACUGGUAUCUAUUGACAUGUGAGGUGAAAAGCAGGGAAUUUCAAGAAGAACAUUCCAAGAAGUUUUCAGAAUCCUUUCCUACCCUCCUCUGAGUGGUCAAUUUUGCUCCUAAUUUGGUGUUUUUUUCAGAGAACAAUAGAUGUUUUUGCAGUGUGGCUACAUUUGAACAGCUGUGUUUUACUUUCCCUUGGCUUGUGUGUGUUUGUUAGCUGCAGCUAUAGCAUUCUUUACAUCUUGCCAUUUUGGAGCCAAAUUUCCAGCUAAGCUGAGGGUCAUGUUAUCAUUGUCCAGUGUAUUUUUCCCAGUGGUGAGUUGAGUCAGUUGAGUUGGAUUAGGUAAACUAGGAGUCAGAACUCAGUGACACGCUCAUAUGUAACCGUGGUCCAAGUGUUAUUAUUCGCAUCCAAAAUAAAACAAACAUUUUGUUUUCAAA